AUGCUGAAAAAGACAGGUCGCUAUGAUGCAUUUAAGCUCAAAUGGCAUCCGUGCUAUUCGGAUCCUCCCACUGUCUACCCCAUUCCUAACCACCAAUUCUGGGAUUCCGACGUGGCGAAAUGGAUCGAGGGAGCUUGUUAUUUGCUAGUAGACCGGUACGAUGCAGAGAUUGAUCUGGCCGUCCAAGAACUGGUCCAGAUGAUUCGUGAGGCCCAGGAUCCAGACGGCUAUCUGAAUAUUCAUUACUCUGUUGUCGAGCCAGGGAAGCGCUUUACCAACCUGAGAGAUAUGCACGAACUAUACAACGCAGGUCAUCUUAUUGAAGGUGCACUCGCUCAUCGGCUCUACUACAAGAACAACGAGAUGAUGACUCCCAUUCUCAAAUACGCCGAUCUGCUUGCAGCUACCUUAGGUGACCAGGAAGGCCAGAUUCCAGGCUAUCCUGGACACCCGGAGAUUGAACUGGCUCUUUUACGUCUGUAUAAGGUGACGAACGAUCCAAAGCAUCUAAAACUGGCCCUAUUCUUCGUUGAAGAGAGAGGCAACGCAAGUGGGGGGGAAGAGAAAAGACACUACUACGAUGUCGAAGCAGAGGCCAGAGGAGAAAGCGAGCAUGACCUACCCAUGUACUAUCCUGCUGCAAAAAGCUACUGGUAUCAACAAGCCCAUCUACCGAUCGUAGACCAAAUGACCGUUGAAGGACAUUCUGUUCGUGCUAUGUAUCUUCUCACAGCCGUUGCAGACCUGGUUCGUAUCGAACAGCCCGAUAGUGACUUCGGUACUAAAUAUCUACCUACUCUGCAUCAAUUGUGGUCAAACAUGAUCGAGAAGAAGUCCUAUGUGACGGGUGGAAUUGGUGCCAUGAAAAAGUGGGAAGGCUUUGGUAUGGACUACUUUCUGCCCCAUGGUACAGACGAGGGGGGAUGCUAUGCAGAGACCUGUGCUGCAAUUGGUGUGAUGAUGCUAGCCGAGCGCUUGCUACAGGUGGAACUAAAUGGCCAUUAUGCAGACAUCAUGGAGCUUUGCUUAUACAAUGCGGUUCUGACCAGUAUGAGUCUAGAUGGUAAAGCAUUCACAUACGUAAAUCAGUUGGCUUCUUCAGAUCAAGAUCUUUCACAGCGACACGAGUGGUUCGAAUGUGCUUGCUGUCCACCCAAUGUUACUCGAACCUUAGGUUUCCUCGGAGGUUAUAUCUGGAGUCAUACAGUGGAGGAUAGUGGCGCCGUGGUUAAUGUGCAUCUGUACACUUCGGCUACUCUUGCUCUCCAGAUCGGUGAGUCGAAAGUUGAGAUAACACAGAAAACGAACUGGCCGUGGGAGGGUGAUGUGCAAUUUGAUAUACGCACAGAUCAAUCACUGUUGGAUAUUCAGCUGCGGCUGAGAGUCCCUGGCUGGGUGAAAUCUUGGGAGAUCACACCCCGCCCUGACCAGUUUGAUGUACAGGAUGGAUAUCUAUAUCUGGGCGCAGAAUGGUUACAAAAUAAUCCAAGCUUCCGCUUCUCCUGUCCAAUGCAGCCAAGACUAGUCCGACCUCAUCCCUUGGCUAUGCAACCUGUGGUAUACAUAAUGCGUGGGCCUAUUGUGUAUUGUAUUGAGGAUAUCGAUCAUCCAUGGGAGAAGAAUCAUUUCAAGAUGACGAUGUUCAAUCCCGAGUCUCAUUUGAGGGAAGAAAUUCGGUCUCAACCCGACCAGCACGUGGCUAUAGUUGCCGACAAAGGUGCGGCGGGGGACCUCGACACGUCAUCCUGGAAUGGCCAAAUUACGGCCGAGUCCAAGAACGAAAUCAGCGGGGAGGCGAGAAAAUUGCACUUCAUUCCUUACUAUCUGCGCGCCAAUCGAGGAGGUCGAGACGAGCUGACCACGGAAUAG